AUGACCGUUGUUGUCGAAAACGCCUACGACGUUGCGAUACUCACCGGUUGUACGUACACGGCGUGCGAUCCGCGGGCACGGUCCGAAGGCAGCCACGAAAACGUACACGGCACAACGUUAACGACGAACGGGCCGGGUGAAAAACGCGCGACUACUGAGACCGGCCGGGGCGUCGACGAGAUCGCUUUGACCGGCGCCCGGCCGUGCCCGCGCGACUCCGAAGUCCGGCACCGGUCUAAGGUCGCGGGCGCCGUCACCGCGGUCCCCACCGCCCGGACCGCGUUGCAUAAAAUUCAACAAGACGCGCGCGCCCGUGAAAAUUAA